GUUCCUGUCAAGUCGUCCAAGAUCGCCAUCCCCGUCCCGGAGGACAAUGAGAAGAUGCACAUCCAGGAUCGCCGUGGCAUUGGCUACGAUCCCCUUGUGCAGCCCUCGCUCCGCCACGAGAACAAGCUCAGACCCAAGUCUCAGAAAACGAUCGCCUUCAAAAUCCUCGCGAGCCAGGACGACCGCGUGCUCGCCAUCGUCGGGCCCUGCUCCAUCCACUCGCCCUCCCAGGCCAUCGAGUAUGCCACCCUCCUCAAGUCCAAGAUGCCCGAGUGGAGCAACCUGCACAUCAUCAUGAGGGCCUACUUGUGCGCCCGUUCUGUCUUAGCAGUGUGUCCGGGUGUUUUUGCGCUGUGUGGCGGGCCCGUUCGUCGUAUGCCACGCUCGCCACAUUGCGAGACCAUUCGACGCACUAGCCUCGUUUUCAACCGCAUACUGACAUAUCCUCACAGCGAAGUAAGACACUGGCCAGCAUUGUCCGUCCCACACACCCUCCCAGUUCAUCUCCGACCUCAUCUCCUGGGCGCCAUCGGUGCGCGCACGACCGAGUCCCAGCUCCACCAUGAGCUCGCGUCCAGUGUGUCGUUCCCGAUCGGCUGCAAGAACGGCAAGGAUGGCAGCGUGGCGGUCCCAGUGGAUGCGAUGUGCUCGAGCUCGAACCCCCGCGCCUUUAUGGGUGCUCGAAGGCAUCGUACCGACACUGCGAAACGUCGUCGCGACGGUCAACCUGGACUGCCGGUUGGACCUGAAGACAAGUGCGUUGCAUGCGCGCCACGCCGAGUACAACCCCAAGGUUUGUACUGCACUUCUCUGAUCCAGUAA